GGCAACUUCGCGGGGCGCUCCCAGCGGAGCCCGGCUUCCCAGCGUAGUAGUUAGGCGCAGGCCCCGCCCCUGACCGUGUUGUCAAACGGGCCGGGGUCUCGGAUUGGUCCAGCCGCCGGGACAACACCUGCUCGACUCCUUCAUUCAAGUGACACCAGAGCUUCCAGGGAUAUUUGAGGCACCAUCACCGCCACUGCCGGGCACUCGCGGUGCUGCUAGCAGCCCGGUCACAUGCUCUCCGGAGAGCUACGGGAGGGCGCUGGGUAACCUCUACCCAGCCGCGGCCGCGAGGAGGAGGGAGAAGGCAAGCGAGGAGGAAGAGUGAGAGGAGGAGGGGAAGCGGCGAAGGGAGAGGAAGAGAGGGAGGGGAGCACAAAGAUUCCAGGUCUCCGGCCCCGGAGGUUCACACCAAGAACCAUGUGUGCCGAGCGGCUGGGUCAGUUCAUGACCCUGGCUUUGGUGCUGGCCACCUUUGACCCGACGCGGGGGACCGACGCCACCAACCCGCCGGAGGGUCCCCAAGAGAGGAGCUCCUCCCAUCAGAAAGGCCGCCUGUCCCUGCAGAACACAGCGGAAAUCCAGCACUGCCUGGUCAACGCCGGCGAUGUGGGGUGUGGCGUGUUUGAAUGUUUCGAGAACAACUCUUGUGAAAUCCGGGGCUUACAUGGGAUCUGCAUGACUUUUCUGCACAACGCUGGAAAAUUUGACGCCCAGGGCAAGUCCUUCAUCAAAGACACCUUGAAGUGCAAGGCCCACUCCCUGCGGCACCGGUUCGGCUGCAUAAGCCGCAAGUGCCCGGCCAUCAGGGACAUGGUGUUCCAGCUGCAGCGGGAGUGCUACCUCAAACACGACCUGUGUGCGGUCGCCCGGGACAACAUGCGGGUGAUGGCCGAGAUGAUCCACUUCAAGGACCUGAUUCUGCACGAACCCUACGUGGACCUGGUGAACCUGCUGCUGACCUGUGGGGAGGAGGUGAAGGAGGCCAUCACCCACAGUGUGCAGGCUCAGUGCGAGCAGAACUGGGGCAGCCUGUGCUCCAUCUUGAGCUCCUGCACCUCCGCCGCCCAGAGGCCGCCCACCACACCCCCGGAGCGCCCGCCACAGGCGGAGAGAGCCAAGCCUCCCAGGGCCCACCACCGGGACGCCGGGCACCACCUCUCGGAGCCCGGCAGCAGGGAGACCAGCCGCGGUGCCAGGGGCGAGCGAGGCAGCAAGAGCGCGCCGAGUGCCCGCGCCCACGCGCACGCCCACGGCCGAGCGGCUGACCGCGGGGCCCAGGGCACUUCCGGCAGCAGCGAGUGGGAGGAGGAGCCCUCCGAGUAUGCUGACAUCCGCAGGUGAAGCCAGAGGCCUGGCCAGGAAGUCGUUCCUCCACACCGUGCAUUUUCUUCUCUACGGACAUCCCAAGACACUUGCCAUCAAAGAGGGGGGAUGUCGCACGCGGAAUUUGGUGGGGGUUGGGAACUGGAUGACGGUGUAUGUUAGGGGAAUGAACAGGUGAGGCGGAGACUUUCCAGGCGACGGCGGCGAGGUCUUGGCUGGACCCGAUGGGGUCCACGCUUGCGCCUCCCGUGAACGCGCCACGGGCGUUCCCUGUAGCUUUGUCUUCUUUCCAUCCGUGGAGCCACUGGGCGUGGCCUGCGGUUUCCUCUGCUGGGCGGGGCGGUGGGCCGGGGAGGGGGCCGCAGGCCACCGGGCUGGACCACGCACUUGGUGCUCCGCCCCUCUGGUGCUGUCUCGGGGGAGGGCGGCGGUUCCGGUGCCGGAA